GUCUUCUAAGAGGAUAAAGGAAAAAGGGAAAUCAAGCUAUUUUUACGCGCGGUGACACCAUGAGCGGCGCGCCGGAUGAGAGCUCGGUGCGCGUCGCCCUGAGGAUCCGUCCUCAGCUGGCCAAAGAGAAGAUCGAAGGCUGUCACAUCUGCACCUACGUGAUGCCCGGAGAGCCGCAGGUGGUUCUGGGUAAAGACAAAGCCUUCACCUAUGACUUCGUCUUCGAUAUGGACACCCAGCAGGACGCCAUCUACACCCACUGCACCGAGAGGCUCAUCGAGGGCUGCUUCGAGGGCUACAACGCAACCAUCUUCGCAUACGGACAGACGGGUUCAGGGAAAACCUACACGAUGGGAACCGGCUUCGACGUCAACAUCGGGGAGGACGAGCUGGGCAUCAUUCCCCGCGCCGUCAACCACCUGUUCAGAGGGAUCGAGGAGCGCCGACAGGCUGCCACCGAGCAGGGGAGGCCCGUUCCCGAGUUCAAGAUCAAUGCACAGUUCCUGGAGCUGUACAACGAAGAGGUGCUGGACUUGUUCGACUCCACUCGAGACCUGGAGGCCCGGAGGCAGAAAUCCAACAUCAAAAUCCACGAAGAUGCCAACGGAGGAAUCUACACCGUCGGAGUGACCACCCGCACCGUCACCUCUGCUGCCGAGAUGAUUCAGUGUCUGAAGCUCGGCGCUCUGUCUCGAACCACCGCCAGCACCCAGAUGAACGUCCAGAGUUCGCGCUCUCACGCCAUCUUCACCAUCCACCUGUGCCAAGUGCGAGUCUGCUCUCCCGAUAACAACGAUAAUGAAACCGAUAACCGCCUGGCUAACGACUCCGAGAUCGACGAGUUCGAGACGCUGACAGCGAAGUUCCACUUUGUGGACUUGGCAGGUUCUGAGAGGCUGAAGAGAACCGGCGCUACAGGAGACAGAGCUAAAGAGGGAAUCUCCAUCAACUGUGGGCUGCUCGCUCUGGGAAACGUCAUCAGCGCUCUGGGAGACCGAAGCAAACGCUCCACUCAUGUGCCUUACAGAGACUCCAAGCUGACCCGGCUGCUGCAGGACUCGCUGGGCGGAAACAGUCAAACCGUGAUGAUCGCCUGCAUCAGCCCGUCGGACCGAGACUUCAUGGAGACCCUGAACACCUUAAAAUACGCCAACCGAGCCCGAAACAUCAAGAACAAGGUGAUGGUGAACCAGGACAGAGCGAGUCAGCAGAUCAGUGCUCUGAGGACGGAGAUCGCUCGGCUGCAGAUGGAGCUGAUGGAGUACAAGACGGGGAAGCGGAUGGUGGGCGAGGACGGCAUGGAGGGCAUCAACGAUCUGGUCCACGAGAACUCCAUGCUGCAGACGGAGAACAACCACCUGAGGGUGAGGGUGAAGGCCAUGCAGGAGACCAUCGACGCCCAGAGAGCCAGACUCACACACAUCCUCAGCGACCAGGCCAACCAGGUGCUGGCCAAAGCAGGUGAAGGUAACGAAGAAAUCGGGCUCAUGAUCGAGAAUUACAUCAAAGAAAUCGAGGAGCUCAGAGCGAAGCUUCUGGAGAGCGAAGCUGUGAACGAGAACCUGAGGAAGAACCUGUCCCGAGUCUCCACUCGCUCCUCCAUGUACGGCGGCCCGGGGUCCUUCCUCGCUCCGGAGAAGGAGGCCAGCGACGUCAUCGAGAUGGCCAAGAAGGACCUGGAGAAGCUCAAGAGGAAGGAGAGGAAGAAGAAAAAGAGACUGAGGCGAUACGAGGAGAGCCGCCACCCCGAGGUUGCCAGUGUCGUCAAAGAUGAGAUUCCGGACAACGAUCAGGAGAGAGGCAACGAGGAGGCAGAAGCGGAGGCCAGCGACCACGACGAAGCCGAGGACGCCGACGGAGAAGAGGAAGAGUUUGACGUGGCUGGAGAGGAAACGUCCGACGAGUCUGACUCUGAGGAGCUGGAUGAGAAAGAAAACGUCCAGGCCGACCUGGCCAACAUCACCUGUGAGAUCGCCAUCAAGCAGAAGCUGAUCGACGAGCUGGAGAACAGCCAGCGGCGGCUUCACACUCUGAAGCAGCAGUACGAGCAGAAGCUGACGAUGCUGCACAACAAGAUCAGAGACACGCAGCUGGAGAGGGACAAAGUGCUGCACAACAUGGGCUCAGUGGAGUCGGGCACGGAGGAAAAGGCCAAAAAGAUCAAAGCGGAGUACGAGAGGAAGCUGAGCUCCAUGAACAAAGAGCUGCAGAAGCUGCAGUCGGCCCAGAAGGAGCACACCCGGCUGCUGAAGAACCAGUCGCAGUACGAGAAGCAGCUCAAGAAGCUGCAGCAGGACGUGACCGAGAUGAAGAAGACCAAGGUGUCGCUGAUGCGUCAGAUGAAGGAGCAGCAGGAGAGGAACCGGGCCUCGGAGUGCAGGAGGAACCGCGAGAUCGCCUCUCUGAAGAAAGACCAGCGCAGAGCCGAGCACCAAGUGAAGCAGCUGGAGGCCCAGAAGAGGCAACAGGAGCUGAUCCUUCGCAGGAAGAACGAAGAGGUGACGGCUCUCAGGCGCCAGGUGAGGCCCGUGUCCGGGAAGGUGACCAGGAGGGUACCUGAACCUCCACAGGAGCCUUCACACCGGGCCGUCCCAGGGAGGCUGCAGUCCUCUGCUGCAAACACUUCCAACGGAGCCAGGAGCUCCCCGGUGCGGAUGGGAAGCAUCUACCUCAGCAGGACGGCCAGAGCCAAGUGGCAGUCGCUGGAGAGACGAGUCAGCGACAUCAUCAUGCAGAGGAUGACCAUCUCCAACAUGGAGACGGACAUGAACCGACUGCUGAAGCAACGGGAGGAUCUGACCCGGCGGAGGGAGCGAGUGUCCAGGAAGAGGGAGAAGAUGGCGGUGGACGGAGCCGACGCCGACCGCUCGCUGGCCUCCCUGAACGAGGAGCUGGAGUCCCUGAGUGCCAACAUCGACUACAUCAACGACAGCAUCGCCGACUGCCAGGCCAACAUCAUGCAGAUGGAGGAGGCCAAGGAGGAAGGAGACACUGUGGACGUCACCGCUGUGAUCAGUUCCUGCAACCUGUCAGAGGCUCGAUUCCUCCUGGACCAU